UUUCUCUCGGCUGAAUGGAGAAGGCAGAAUUUGUAGGUUCGUUGCCGGGGCCUGGCCUGGUUGCUGGGGAUGUAGUUGCCUUGUCGAAGGUGGUGCAGGGUACAGGCGAAGAGCCGGCGGGGACAGCGGUCAGUUCCAGACUGUUCCGCUGUGUGUGUGUCCGACGCUGGAUACCCCUGGCCUACAGAGAGGAACUCUACCAUGUACUGAGACUCACAGGACCUCUGCUGGUGUCUCGGAUCCUGAACUUCUUGCUCCCGUUUGUCAUCACCAUAUUCUGUGGUCACCUUGGCAACGCAGAGCUGGCGGGAUACGCACUGGGCUCUGCGGUGAUCAAUGUGACCACUACCUCUACGGGCUACGGACUGGCUCUGGCCUGUGAUACCCUCAUCUCUCAGACAUUUGGCAGCAGUAAUCUGCACCGUGUGGGGGUGAUCCUGCAGAGAGCAGUGUUGAUCCUGCUGCUGUUCUGUCUGCCCUGCUGGGGCCUCCUCAUCAACGCCCACAACAUCCUACUAGCCAUGAAUCAGGAGCAGGAGGUGGCCCGGAUCGCCCAGCUUUAUGUGAUGCUUUACCUGCCUGCUGUUCCUGCUAUGUUCCUGCACCAGUUGCAAACAGCUUACCUACAGAACCAGGGGAUCAUCCUACCUCAGAUGUACACAGCAGCAGCAGCUAACCUCAUUAACCUGGCUGUGAACUACAUCCUGAUCAUCAGCCUGGAGAUGGGAGUCAUAGGCUCUGCUAUAGCGAACAGCCUGUCUCAGAUCACCAUCUGUCUGCUCCUCUACUUGUAUAUCUGUUGGAGAGGACUCCACAAGAACACAUGGACAGGCUGGUCCAGUGAGGCUCUCCAGGAGUGGGGUUCCUACAUGCAGCUGGCCAUCCCCAGUACCCUGAUGGUCUGCUUCGAGUGGUGGGUCUGGGAGAUAGGAGGCUUCCUCGCUGGUAUGCUUGGAGAGGUGGAUCUUGCAGCACAGCAUGUGUUGUUGGAGAUAGGAGCCAUUACCUACAUGUUCCCUCUAGGUGUCCAUGCCGCUGCCUGUGUGCGGGUAGGGAACGCUCUGGGAGCAGGAGACACUUCCAGGGCUCUACUCACCUGCAAAGUAGCCCUGGUGCUCUCAGGAGUGCUGGCUGUGUUCCAGGGUAUUGCCAUCGGUAGCUCCAGGCAUGUGUUAGGCUAUAUCUUCACCUCAGACCAAGCUAUAGUGGACAAUGUAUCAGUGAACCUGGGGCUCUACACCUUCAUACAGUUCUUUGAUGCUCUACUGUGUGUUUGUUCAGGUAUCCUGGUUGGAGCAGGUAAACAGAAGAUAGCUGCGCUGUCUAACCUGGUCUCGUACUAUUGCAUUGGCCUUCCGGUCGGCAUCGCUUUAAUGUUCGCUGCUAAGCUCAGGAUACUAGGUUUGUGGGUCGGUCUCUUCAUCUGUGUCAUCCUCCAGACUGGGUUCUUCAUUGUCAUCAUCUUCAAACUCAACUGGCAGCAUGUCGCCAAGGAGGCCCAGGUGCGUGCUGGGAAGACUGGGCUGGCAACGUGUGUUCCAGCGAAGCCUCCUAUUGGACAGCCGCUGAUUAAAACUCUGCCUCCAGAAGGUUCUCGAAGCACUGACAUGGCCCAGUCAGAGAGUGAUGAAUCCAAACCUCCUGGUUACACCCCAGUCAGCACCCAGGGAGGAGGAGGAAGUGGGGAGGAGCAGCGGGAAAGCACAGGUAUCCUGUCCAAAGGUCUGCUGUCUGCCUCCCAGCUGGUCCUGAGGAGAGGUUUCACUCUGCUGACUGCAGUACUCUUCCUGGCCACAGGGGUCGCUGUUCACCUGGCCUGUCCCCCUCCUGCACCCUCCAUCCACAGCCACUCCAACCUCACCCUGGACUGGACCAACUCUUCUACCCCUUCACCCUCCCUGGAGCUCACCUCACCCUUCUGAGACAGGAGAGAGGGGGGGAAGGAGGGGAGAGAGGAGAGGGGUAGAGGGACUGGGUUGAGUCUCUGCAGGGACCAAUGGUGUCUGUAUGAACUGAACAGCACAGCGCUGGGGUCCUGAGACUCUCCUGAUCAGAGGAACAGCUGCCCCCAUCUCCUUUCCCCCCGUGGCCGCCUGCACUGCUGUCCUCUCUGCUUCUACACUACUGCUCCUUCUGAAUAUAUACUCCCUAGUCUCCUAAGAUGUUUCCAUUAUAUUUGUCUUUUCAUUGCGAUGUCUACUCAGUCCUAAUGUAGAACAGUUUAAAUCUGGAAGCAUUGGAAUCAGUGUAAAUGCCUGAUUUCCAAUCUAUGAGAUAGUUUCCUAUUGAAUGUUGAUGUGUGUGUGUGUGUACCUGUUUCUACUGUGUAUAGUCACUGCACUUGGGCCUAUUGCCAGAUGAAUUAGUGCUUUCAAAUUGUCACAUAAAAGACUAACACUUGAGUUCUCAUUGAAAUGUCCAGCCCAAUGACUGGCGUUCAGAUCAAUAAAAAAUAUUCUAUAUUG